AUGAAGCCCUCCUCCCUCUUGUUGGUUGACGUCAAGUCUCCAUUGGUGAAGGUGUCGUAUGUUACUGUUUGGUUUCAUCCCGUGAGCACAACUCUUGUGUGCUCGUUUGUCUGGUUGGCAUCUCUGUUGCUCGAAGUUGAAGGUGAUGUGGGCACACAGAUUCUUCUGUGUGCUAAAAGUUCGACUUCUCCCUGUCCCGACAAAGGAAACUCUGUCGUUCAUUGUGCAGAUAAUGCCAAGAAAGAUAGGAAGACUGCCUUUCUUCAAUCUUGUGCUAAACAAGCAAGCUGCAGUGGAAGAAUUGCGGGCUUUGGAAAAGACUUUGUACUUGCGACUUGGUUAAUUUGCCUCCUGAAAAAUCUAUCAUUGGUUGUUGAUGGGCCAACAAAAUUAAGACCCAGUCAAAUGGUUCAGUAGAAUGGUAUAAGGGGUGACUUGUUGCCAAAUGGUUCACUCAGGAGUAUGGGAUUGAUUGUGGAAAAACAUUUUCACCAGUGGCCACAACACAAGGUCCACCUGGAUAUUCUCAUCCACAACAUAAGGUGUGUAGUACUCGAUGUGCAUUAUAUGGUCUCAAGCAAACACCAUGAGACUCAUAAUUUAAAUUUAGCUCCAUUGUCAUUAAACUUGGUUUUCAAUCUUGCCCCCAUGACCAUGCUCAAUUUGUUCACCCUAAAGUCAAAUCUUUCUUUUGCUUUAUGUUGAUGAUAUAAUUAUCACUAGCAGUGAUGCUCAAGGUAUUACAGACUUGCAACACUCACUUCAUCAACGGUUGGGGAUGAAAAUUCUAGGCUCUUUAUUUUAUUUUCUUGGCCUAGAGGUCUAGUCAGAGUGUUCAGGUUACUAUCUUUCUCAAGCUAAAUGUGCUACAGACCGUUUGUCCCAUUCUGGUUUUACUAGCAGUAAAAGUUGUUUCUACUCCAAUUGAGACUAAUGUAAAAUUCACUCCAAUGGAUGGUAUGCCUCUUGAUGAUCCUAGUCUUUAUCGUUAGUUAAUGGGAAAUCUCAUUUUAUCUCACACUUACCCAGCUAACAUAGCUUUAUGCAGAUCACGCUGUUAGUCAAUUUGUGUCUGCUUCUAGGUCUACUCAUUUUACUGCAGUCUUGCAUAUUCUUCAUUAUGUCAAAGGCAACCUUAUUUCAUGGUCUUCAUUUUUCUACUCACUGGUCUCUUGUCCUCAUAGUUUACUUAGAAUUAGAUGGCAAUUUAGCUGACAAUCCUACUGAUAGACACUCUACCAUUGGUCCAUUGGUUAUUGCUUUUUCUUCUUUGAUUCCCUCAUCUCAUUACAUAAUAAGAAGCAAUCAGUUACUUCAUAAUCCAGUAGUUAAGCCGAGUGUCAUGCAAUUCUUAAUACUGCUUAUAAGCUUCCUUGGUUAUGGUGGUUAAAUGGGUGCUCCACAAUCUUCUAACACUAUGAUAAUAGAAAUGCCAUUCAAAUUGCCAUAAUUAUGUUUUUUAUGAGCAGACCAGCACAUUGUUCCUGGUGCUAUUCAACUUGUUGCUACAAAAUUCUCAAAAACCAAACUACUAACAUUUUCCCUAAGGCUUGUUCACCUGGGCGCUUUCAGGAGUUUGCAAACUCAAGUUGGUAGAUCUUCCAUCCUCUUGAGUUUGAGGGGGGAUGUUAACAUAAUCUUAGAAUAUCUCAAGAUUAUUGGAAUAUUUCUUAGUUUAUCAUCUUGAAUAUUUAGAAUAUCUUAGAAUGUUCUUUUAUAUGUUUCCUAAUUGGUCAUGUAAAGACUUGAAUAUAAACUAACAUGUAAAAGAAUGCAGUUCUCAAAGCUCUUGUGUUUGUGUUUUGUUGACCUCAGAUUUUUACUUAUGACAUUUGCAUAGACACUAAGACGCAAA